AUGAUCGUACUAGCGCUGAUCGCCAAGGGAUCGAACAUAUUGGCAGAAACGCACGAUCCAGCACACGAUCGUUUCCUUCCCGCAGCACAGACGAUUCUCUCUCGAAUUCCACCCAACUCAUCCAAGCUGUCGUAUGCAUUCGAAGACUGGCUCUUCCACUACGUUUCACAAGAUGGCAUGGUCUACAUGGCGGUAGCUGACGCGGACACCGGUCGUCGCAUGCCUUUCACGUUCUUGGCACACAUUCAGAAGCAUUUCCUUUCCACCUACGAUGUGCCAGAAGCCGGAGACUCCGACAUGGACUACUCUUCUCUCACAACAACACUCUCCAAGCUGAUCAAGCAGUUUAAUAGCGAUCCGCAAGCUGUCGACCCCAUCGCGCAGGCCAAAACCGAGCUGGCAGGCGUCAAGGAUAUCAUGACACAAAACGUGGAACAGAUCUUGAGCAGAGGCGAGAGGAUCGAGUUGCUGAUGGACAGGACAGAUAACGCCGCCAACCAGAGCAUGGCGUUCAGAAGGAGGGCCGUAGGGUUGAGAAGACAGAUGUGGUGGAAGAAUGCCAAGGUCAUGGCAUUGGCCGGCUUCAGUGGGCUGGUGUUCUUGUUUUUCUUGUGGGGAAUGUUUCGUUAG